AUGGCACAAGCGGUGCCUGAUCCUCCGCCGAACAACAAGAAGAGAGUCAAGGUCUAUGAGUUGCGCAACAGCGACUGGUUCGAUAGGGGCACCGGCUUUUGCCAGGCGGGCUAUUUUAUCGACGAUGCCACCCACCAGGAAACUCCGCGUGUCACAGUAGAAUCAGAAGAUGCACCAGCUCGGGUACUCUUAGAGACGAAGAUACUCAGGGAGGAUGGAUUCCAGAAGCAACAAGGCACGUUUACUCGAGUAGACCGCUAUACACUUAUCGUAUGGACGGAGCCUGCUACGGGCAUUGAUAUGGCUCUUAGCUUCCAAGAAGCUGAAGGGUGUGCUGUCAUCUGGAAGUUCGUAAACACCAUUCAGCAGUCGUUCGUAAUAGGUGGCCCAGAGGAUGCCUUAGACGAUGACAUGCCACUUGAUCAUAUUACGAACUCGAUCUCCUUACCGUCUCCCACACUUGGCAAUUUGGAUGUGGUAGAAAAGCAGGUUAGAGAUUGCAGCAUGACCAAUGCCGGCCGCGAAGCUCUGAUCAAGUUCGUCGUCACCGAGGACUACAUAAAAGCGUUAAUUCCACUGGUGGAAAUGGCCGAGGAUAUGGAGGAUUUGAAAAGCUUGCACCUGCUGUGCAACAUCAUGAAGACAUUCAUUUUGUUGAACGAGAAUUCAAUGAUGGAGCUUGCCGUCAGAGACGAUUUGAUUAUGGGCGUUGUAGGAGCUCUCGAAUAUGAUCCGGAUUUCCCAAGCCACAAGGCAAAUCAUAGACACUGGUUGAGUAAGGAAGGAAGGUACAAGGAGGUGGUGCGAAUCGAAGACGACGAAAUUCGGAACAAGAUACAUACAGUAUAUCGGUUACAAUACCUCAAAGAUGUUGUGCUCGCGAGGAUCUUAGACGACCCCACCUUCUCUAUUCUCAACGGCUUGAUCUUCUUUCAGCAUGUCGAUAUCGUCCAGCAUAUCCAAUCGAACCCAGGGUUUCUAAAGGAGUUAUUUGGCAUUUUCAGUUCUGAAGAGACAGACCAGGAACGCAAAAAGGAGGCUGUUUUGUUUAUUCAGCAGUGCUGUGCCAUUGCGAAGAGUCUGCAACCGUCAGGCCGACAAACGCUCUUCAACAACUUUUUAGCUCACGGCUUGUUGUCUGUAAUAACUUUCGCUCUUCGUCACAGCGAUGUUGCGGUUCGGGUGGGGGCCACGGACGUUUUGGUCUCAAUGAUAGACCAUGACCCCCAAAUGAUUCGCCAGACGAUCUUUCGACAGAUGGACGAAAAGCAAACUCCUUUGACAGACUCCUUGAUCGAUCUUCUUUUGGUAGAAGUAGAUCUUGGCGUCAAAGCACAAAUUGCAGAUGCUAUCAAAGUACUUCUCGAUCCUGGCGCUCAAGCUGGGCCACUCGAGGGCCCCGGUAAGGGAGGCGGAGAGUUUGGUCCUAGGUUACGGCCUGCUCCGGAUCCUCAGCAACAAGAGCUAGUCAAGAACUUUUACGAUGACUCGGCCAAAAAACUCUUUAAGCCUUUGGUUGAUUUGAAAGAUCGAGGCAAUAUGGACUUCAGCGUUCACGAGGUUUCGCUGUUUAUUUACCUGAUCGAGAUCCUCUGCUUUUUCGUUCGACAACAUACACAUCACAGCAAGUAUUUUGUCAUGUCCGAGAACCUAGGUCAGCGGAUCUCUCAAUUGCUCUUGAGUCCAGAGAAGUACUUGAAACUCACUGCCUUGAAAUUCUUUCGAAAUCUCAUCGGACUACAAGAUGUUUUUUACAACCAACAGAUGACUCAAGGAAAGCUCUUUGAGCCAAUCUUGAACCUAAUAGUCGAGACGAUGCCACGUGAUAAUCUCCUGAAUUCGGCAUGCCUGGAGUUCUUUGAUUUCAUCAAAAGAGAGCAUAUCAAGAUCAUAAUCAGUCACUUGGUGGAGAAUUAUCGUGACAAAAUGGAGGACAUUACCUACGUUGAUACUUUCCAAAAUUUUAUCCUCAGGUACGACCAGACCCAAGGCUUUGCCCCUAACCUGGAAACAUCAUUUUUGGACACGGAAGAGGACACCCCAAAGAGAGAAACUAGAGGGAGCAGAUGGGAGCAUGGCAUCAAAGACCUUGAUGCUACUGAAGAGGAGUACUUCAAUACGUCUGAUGAUGAGGAUGAUGUCGGAAAAGCUACCAGCCGACCCUCAAUUAACGGGGCAUCUCCGAUUUCGAAACCCCUCGUCGAUUACCCAUCGGAUGAAGAGAACGAUAUCAUGGAUACCGAUGCCGGUGCGGUUGAAGCAAAGACCCCUCAAGCAAGUCCCUCAAAACAUCGUUAUAAUCGGUCGCCAAUUUCGGCGGUUCCGUCCCCUCCAGAGAGGCUUUCCGAGAAGCGUCGCCGUGAAGAGGACGAAGAGGAUGAGAUAGGUAAACUCUCGCAACCGAAACGCCGAAAUUCGAGCAGUUCUGUCGAGUCCAACACAAGCAAUAUGCUAAGGAGAAAGAAGAGUUUCGCAAGCCACGGCGGCGGAGGUUCUGGUAGCAAGCCGAACAAAAUUGCCAUCAGCCUGUCACCAGCCAUAAAAACCGGCGGUGAAGCUAAUGGAGGAGAAGACAACAGUUGA